AUGGAUCCACCACAGUUUGAUCUCGAAGCAUACCUUGAAAAAAGUGAGAGAGAAGACACUUAUAUACUCAACCGAUUUAGGGAUCGUCGAAAUCUAAUAUUGGAGGAUAGUGCACCUCGUGGUAGAAAACAUCUCAGUAGAGAUCAUGCAGGGGCAAACCGAAGGCUAAUUGACGACUACUUUGCCAAUGAGCCUACAUACGACGAUGGAAUAUUCCGUCGCCGGUACCGGAUGCAAAAACAUGUUUUCCUUCGAAUCGUUGCGGACCUUUCAAGUAGUGAGAACUACUUCACCCAGCGAGUUGAUGCAGCGAAGAAAGAAGGUAUAUCGCCCUUAGCAAAAUGCACCACAGCAAUGCGGAUGUUAGCAUAUGGUGUGGCAGCAGAUUGUUUACGUAGAUUCUGUAAAGGAAUCAUACGAUUGUAUGAGCAAGAGUACAUGAGAGCACCAACCCAAGAGGACCUGCAAAGAAUAGUACAGGUUAGUGAAAUGCGGGGGUUCCCAGACAUGAUCGGAAGUAUUGACUGCAUGCACUGGGAGUGGAAAAAUUGUCCUAAAGCAUGGGAAGGUCAGUUGAACGAUAUAAACGUUCAAGACCGGUCACCAGUGUUUGAUGAAUUGGAACAAGGAAACGCUCCAAGUGUGAAUUUCAUCGUGAAUCAACGUCCCUAUAAUAUGGCAUACUAUCUAACUGAUGGUAUCUACCCUUCUUAUCCAACUUUCGUCAAAUUUAUAAGACUUCCUCAAAGUGAACCCGAUAAGUGCUUUGCAAAACAUCAGGAGGGAUGUCGGAAGGACAUCGAACGUGCAUUUGGAGUGCUUCAAGCUCGUUUUAAAAUCAUUCGUGAACCAGCUCGCUUGUGGGACAUAACUGAUUUAGGUAUCAUCAUGAGGUCAUGCAUCAUAUUACAUAAUAUGAUUGUUGAGGAUGAACGAGAUUCAUAUGCCCAACGCUGGACCGAUUUUGAGCAAGCUGAGGGAAGUGGAUCUAGUACACCGCAACCAUACUCGACCGAGGUGUUACCCGCUUUUGCGGAUCAUGUGCGUGCUAGAUCCGAGUUCCGUGAUCCAAAAGUCCAUCACGAACUGCAAGCAGAUCUAGUGAAGCACAUAUGGGCAAAGUUUGGAAUGUAUCAUGAUUAAAUAUGCUUUGUAUCGUACUAAUUACGUUAUUUGUGUGUUGUGUGUUUAGUUUGUUGUCUUGCAUUUUAAGUUAAGAAAAUUAAAUAAAUUAUUGUGUGCUUAGUUUGUUGUCUUGCAUUUUAAGUUAAGCAAAUAAAAUAUAUUAUUGUGUGCUUAGUUUCUUUUCUUCCAUUUGAAGUUAAUAAAAUAAAAUAAAUUAUUGUGUAUAUUUUUUUAAAAAAAUAUUAAAUUGUUAAGUGUUU